AUUCACGGUGUGUUUCCGCGUGGUGUGGAGCGGUCGAAGUUUGAGUCGGUGGGCGGCGACACGCCCCUGGCGGUAGGACCGUGGGCUGUCAGUCGCGGGGACUGCGUGGGACAGGGAGAGAGAGCGAGAGCCGCUGAUAACGGGCGUGGGGGUAGAGUGAGAGAGGAGGAAAACGGGGCGUGUGGUAGAGUGAGAGUUGGUCAGGUUUCAGUCCUCCAUCGACUGGCGGGUUGUCCUGACGUGCCAGGGUGCUUAGAACGUCACGUGACCCGGCAGUGAGUGAUCAGCUGAUCGAGAGUCUUUCGGCAGUCAGCUGAGCGCCACUGAGUCACCGUCAGCUGAGGACGUCCCGAGUCAGCCUCCAGGGAGAGCCCAGAGUCAGACCCGUCAGUAUUUCUGUUCCUGUUUUUAUCGUCACUCUCACCGGCCAUGUCGGCACCGACGGCGAGACGCUCUCAGUGGAAGAACCCCUGCUCGAUCGAGCACUCUCAGGCGUUCGAUGGCGACGUCAACAUGCAGGCGCCGCCGGACGCCGUCAUCUUGAACCGCAUCAUCACACUCAACAAUCGGGUGCGGCCCGAGGUCGACAUGAAAAUGGACGCAUUCGUGCGGUCCACUUACCACGUGGACGAGAGUGAGAUGCUGCGCGACUGGGGCCACCACAACAUGAGCUGGCUCGGCUUCGUGCGCGAGACCAUCGCGCAGGUGGAGGCCAAGCUGGAAGCGCAGGACGACGUCGACGGGCGGCUGACCCUCGGCGACGCGCUGCGCAUCCACUUCGCCGACCUGCAGCGGCUGGCCAUCGGGUUCGAGCAGAUGACGGUGGACGCCGCUCUGUACGGCGACCCAAACCUGGACAACUUUCGCAGCCUGCAGAACGGCCUCAUGGAGUUGCUGUGCGAGCUGCAGAUCUCUCUGCUGGAGAAGCGUCUGACGGCGGACAGCUCCGUCACUGCCGACAUUAUGGGACAGGACGUGCGCGACCUGGACAGCAGUCGCGAGCGUAACCUGCGCAACUGGGUCAUCAUUCGCGAGUACAAGGUGUACCUGGCGCACCUGCACAAGGUGUUCGGCUCGCUCAAGGCGCAGCAGGACGCCCUGCCGCAGUGAGGCGCCGCCGCCGGCACCGAACGAGAAAGCGGGAGGGUGGCCGCGGCCGCUGCCGCUGCCCCGAGACGGCAACCAAAGUCAGCCGCUGCUCCUUCCUGGAAGAGGAGUGGCUGCGUCCAAAGCGUGCGCAGGGCAUGUGCAGCUGGGCAUACUGCCCGCCGGGGCGACCGAGCCGAGAGCGGCAGCGCCAGCAGACAGAGCUAGCUGCCACGUCGCUGCCAGACGCGCUCGCCACCCGGUCGCGUUGUUGUGUUCGCCGUUCGUUGUUUCUGUCUCCUACACUCGUCUCCGGGGGGCGAAUGUUGUGAUAUGUGCACGGCGCGGCCGCCGAAAACCUAGUAUUAUAACUAAGAUCUGACCAACAGUACAAAGUGAGCCGCGUGCGGCGCGUGCGGGACGGCGCCGGCACGCUCAGUAGGUACACUACUAGGCGCGCUCGACGGACGGCCGCCGGGCCAGCGCGCGGUCUGCCUGCCCCGCGCGCCGGCCCGCCAACCCUGCUGUGUGUGGCUCCCGUGGCAGAGAGGCAGCUACCCCGAGUUGAUGUAUGAUCCAGAGAUGUUCCUGCUCCGACCCGUGCCCUGUGAUAUUGUGUAUUUAUUAGCGUUCCCGCGUUUCUAUUCUGUUUAGUUCGCCUUAAUUAUUAACACCUUCACGCCCUUUUGAUAUAAAUAUAUGUAGAUGCCUAUGUAAACAUGUA